CAAUAAAAGAGCAGUUGUAGAGCAGGUCGCGAUCGCACACCAACCAAAAUAUUAGCCAUAUUUAAACCCGGAAAAUAGAAAAAACCGAAACACCAAACAAAACAAUGGAUCGUUGGUUGAAUCGCGUUGCUGUCGUCACGGGAGCUAGCUCGGGAAUCGGAGCUGCCUGCUGCAAGAAUUUGGUGGCCAAGGGCCUGGUCGUGGUGGGUCUGGCCCGUCGCGAGGAGCGCCUCAGUGAGCUGAAGGCAUCGUUGCCGGCGGAUCAGGCCAGUCGCUUCCACGGACGCAAGUGCGACGUGAGUGUGGAGCAGGAGGUGAUCGAUACGUUCGCCUGGAUCGAUUCCACUUUGGGCGGGGCCGAUGUCCUGGUCAAUAAUGCCGGCAUUGUCCGUCCCGGAGUGGGCAUCACUAAGGAGGGCAAUGCGGCCGAUCUGCGCGCCAUCCUGGACACCAAUGUCCUCGGCGUUUCGUGGUGCACUCGCGAGGCCUUCAAGUCGCUGCAAAAGCGCAAUGUCAACGAUGGACACGUGGUGAUCGUGAACAGUGUGGCUGGACACCGGGUGCCCAACAUUCCCGGCUUCACCAUGGGCAUGUACUCACCCUCGAAGCAUGCAAUCACCGCUCUCACGGAGGUCCUGCGCCAGGAGUUCCACAACAGCAAGACCCAGACCAAGAUCACGAGUAUUAGUCCCGGCGCCGUGGACACCGAGAUCAUCGACAAGGAAGCCCUCGUCCAUUUCCCCGACCUUCCCAUGCUGCGAUCCGAGGAUGUGGCCGAUGCCGUCAGCUACUGCAUCCAAACCCCGCCAAAUGUCCAGAUCCACGAGCUGAUCAUCAAGCCCGUGGGCGAGACCAUCUAAACACUCAGUUUCUGACUGUACUCGUAGUUUUAGCUCCACCUCUUGUAAUCAACCAACUAUAAUAAUAUAGCAUUUGUUGAUUGUCUAUCAAAAAAAGAGUCUUUCAAGUGGGGAGACUAAUGAUCUUGUUCACACAAAAGUUAAGAUCUAAUAAGUUCUUGAAAUAUUGCUUAACAACUAAGGUGUUUUUUUUUUAAAUUAUGAAAUUCAAAUUAUUUAUGUUCUAUGCUUUGAUCUGUGUUAUAAUUUUUUUUUAAAUUAUCUAUCACCUAACCCUCAUUUCCGUUUGCGUAAUCGUAUUCAAUAAAAGUACAAUAAAACAACCAAUAGAA